GAGUUCACCGGGCACUGUUGUUCGUAUCUAUGGCGAUAGGCAGCUUGGAGAGGAUUAAACUCCUUCUGUGCACACACACACACACACACACACACACACAGUAAGCUGACUGAUAAAUAGUCUGUCAUUUUUGUAAAACAGAGGCGCUUCUUCAUAACGCAAAAGAAAACAGAGCAGUGUGUCUUACAGGUAUUGUUAGCCAUCAGGGUUCCGGUGGAAACUGGGCUACUAUUGGAGAAGGAGAAGAAGGAGAGGAGGAAGACAUCUACAGAGACAGCAGGGAAUGGAGAAGUGUAGGAGAGUGGAGGUUUUGAGAUAGAGAGAGGGCGAGAGAUGAGCGUGGCUGUGAGUAGUAACACUCAGGAGGAAUAUGAUGACGACUUUGAGAAAGAUCUGGACUGGUUGAUAAGUGAGGAAAGCAAAAACGAAGAGCAGGAUGAAGAUGAGAUCGAGGCCCAGAUAGACCGUGAGCUGGAAGAUGAGGAACAAAGUAAGGAAUGUGACAAAGACCGGAGUAAAAGUAUCCAGGAUGACAAAGAAGAUAAUGAAAGAUGGCCAGAGCCUAUGGACCCUUUGGAGGACACGUCUGAUGGCGUCGAAGAGUUUGAUGAAGAGAAGAAAUCUAUCCAGCUAAAGAUUGAACAGGCGAACAGGCAGCUGCAGGACCAGGAGGCGCCGGACGAGACGCGUCACCGUCGUUUGCACUUUAAAGACACGCUUGUGGACCUAGUGGUUCCUGCUAGUGACCUAGAGGACAGUCCAGCGGACGUCUCGGGUCACAUGCAGAAGCUGACAAUCUGCUCUCAGGAGAAAAGUGAUGAAGGAGAUGGUCGUAGAGACGAGGUGAAAGAAGGACGAGUGCUGGUGGAGAAGGACGGAAAGUUUGAUCUUGUGAGUCUGAAAGAGGUGGAGAGUCUUGGACUGCUCCCCCCUCUCGCUGAGACUCAACGAGAACCCAGCAAGAGCCCAUCGUCCUCCCCGAAACUGUUCCCCAGCUCAGGUUCUGUAGCCUCUGAGCUUCGCUACAUUCCCAGGCCUCCAGCACGACCCCGGGUACGUCCCAAUUCAGCGAGCAACACGCAAAGAGUGGUUUUUAGACACGACAGCAAGCGAAGGGUUCAGUCGGCCAACGGGGUUCCAGCUCACGCCACCUUUUCACUCUCGCCGCAACAGAAAGAGAGGCUGAACAAACAACAGCAGAGAAGAGAGAAACUCGUCAGAGAGGAGGAAGAGAGGAAACGCAAGGAGGAGGAGCAGAAGCGUCAGGAGAAUGAGUUGGCAUUCAGGUCAUGGCUGGGGAAGAAGAGGCAGCAGCUGCAGGAGGAGAGAAGAGUGCAGAGAGCACAGGACAUGGAGAAGAUGUGCGGAAAGAGGGAGUGCUGUGAUGCCGAGGUGGCAUUUAAACUCUGGCUGCAGAAGAAGCAGCAGCAACAGCUGAACGAGCGACAGCUAGAGGAGAUGAGGAGACUUGAGAUAGAGAGUGGCAACUACCUGCACCCACCUGAGGAGUGUGAGAAAGCCUUUAGACUGUGGUUGAGAAGAAAGCGGCUGGAGAAGCGGUUAGAGCAACAGGCUGCUCGAGAGCGUUCCCGCAGGCUGCUGAUGGAAGAACGACGAGCCAGACGAAUGAAUGACCUCUACUACCCUGUCAACGAGAUCCAGUCUCUUCGCUUUAAUCAGCCCUACAGCUUUUAAACUCCUCCCAAAUCCAUAAUCAUUACCUUUAUCAUUUCUAAACUCCUUCCAACUCCUUAUAAUUACUAUGGAUAUCACACUACCAACUCCUCCUAAUCACCACAGCUUCUACUUCUAAACUACUCCCAAUCAGAGAAUCACCAGAACUCAUUUCCCUUCCAUUAUCACCAUAGAUAUUGUUUCUAAAUUCCAGUUUUAUAAUCACGCCUUCCAACUCCAUAAUCACCACAGCUACUACUCCUAAACUCCUUCCAACUCCAUAAUCACCACAGCUACCGCUCUAAACUCCUUCCAACUCCAUUAUCACCACGGCUACCACUCCUAAACUCCUUCCAACUCCAUUAUCACCACAGCUACCGCUCCUAAACUCCUUCCAACUCCAUUAUCACCACGGCUACCACUCCUAAACUCCUUCCAACUCCACAAUCACCACAGCUACCACUCUUAAACUUCUCCCAACUCCAAAAUCACCACAGCUACCACUCCUAAACUCCUUCCAACUCCACAAUCACCACAGCUACCACUCUUAAACUUCUCCCAACUCCAAAAUCACCACAGCUACCACUCUUAAACUUCUCCCAACUCCAUAAUCACCAUAGCUACGACUCCGAAACUCCUUCCAACUCCAUAAUCACCACAGCUACCACUCCUGAACUCCUUCCAACUCCAUAAUCACCACAGCAAUCACUCCUAAACUCCUCUCAACUUAUAUAUAAUAAAAAUAACUUAUAAUAAUCACUAUGGAUACCAUUACAGACUCCUCUCAAGUCUAUAAUCACCACGACUACUGCUUAUAAACACCUCUUAAUACCAUCCUAUUUUUUUUUUUACCAUUUCUAAACCCUUCCAACUGCAUAAUCAAAACAUCUAACACUUCUCACAAUUAUGUAAACACCAUGGCUACCCCUUUGCAGUACACUAUGGUCUAUAAUCACCAUGGCUACCCCUUGCUGUACACUCUGGUCUACAAUUAUCACGGCUACAGUUGUAACUAAGCUUCUCCCAGUCCAUGCUCCAUUUUGCAGUGGAUCAAUAAAAUCUAAUUCCAAUUCCCCAUGCUCACUGCUUUUAGGCUUCUCCCAACUCACUAUUCACCAGGGAUAACCCUAAGUUCCUUUCAAUUACUUGAUCACCAUGGCAACUGUUUCCAAGCUUCGCCCAAUCAUCAUCCUUGUGCUGUAACAGUAUAUUUACUUAUAAUUUAGCCAGAAUAUUAUUAUUUUUUAGAAUUGUAUUACACAUUACACUGUAAACUAUUAAUUUUUUAUGUUUAACAAAUAAUGAAGUUUUAAAUUAUACUUUUA